UAAAAAUAAAAACAGCGUAGCCGGCUUUUCUUUCCUCAGCUCGUUGUUGUGCUCGCGGUCCGGUUCGUUUUCACCUUGUGGUUCGGAGACAUGGCGAACGUAGCGGACACCAAACUCUAUGACCUCCUCGGUGUUUCUCCUUCGGCUACCGAGAACGAGCUGAAAAAGGCGUAUCGCAAACUGGCAAAAGAGUAUCACCCUGAUAAGAAUCCCAACGCAGGAGACAAGUUUAAGGAGAUCAGCUUUGCGUAUGAGGUGUUGACUAACCCUGAGAAGAAGGAGCUGUAUGACCGUUAUGGAGAACAGGGCCUGCGUGAGGGUGGUGGUGGUGGAGCUGGGAUGGAGGACAUUUUCUCGCACAUCUUUGGCGGAGGUCUGUUUGGGUUCAUGGGUGGUCAGAGCAGCAGGAACCGAAACGGGGGACGACAGAGGGGAGAGGAUAUGGUGCAUCCACUCAAGGUGUCUUUAGAAGAUCUUUACAAUGGCAAAACCACCAAACUCCAGCUGAGCAAGAAUGUCCUGUGUAGCUCCUGCAAUGGUCAGGGGGGAAAGACGGGUGCAGUGCAGAAGUGUACUGCGUGCAGAGGCAGAGGGAUGAGGAUCAUGAUCAGACAACUGGCUCCUGGUAUGGUCCAACAAAUGCAGACGGUGUGUAGCGACUGCAACGGGGAAGGUGAGGUGAUCAGCGAGAGAGACCGGUGCAAACAGUGUGAGGGCCGUAAGGUGUGUAAGGAGGUGAAGACGUUGGAGGUGCAUGUGGAUAAGGGAAUGAGACACGGGCAGAAGAUUACGUUCAGCGGAGAAGCAGAUCAGUCUCCCAACACCGAGCCUGGAGAUAUUAUACUGGUGCUGCAGGAAAAGGAACAUGAGGAGUUCCGCAGGGACGGUAACGACCUGCACAUGUGUCAGACUAUUGGCCUGGUGGAGGCGCUGUGCGGCUUCCAGCUCACUCUCACACACCUUGAUGGGCGACACCUCCUUAUCAAAUACCCUGCUGGAAAGGUCAUCGAGCCAGGUGCUGUAAGGGUGGUGCGUGGAGAGGGGAUGCCGCAGUACAGGAACCCGUUUGAGAAAGGAGAUCUCUACAUCAAGUUCGACGUUAGGUUUCCUGAUAACGGCUGGCUCAGUACAGAGAAGCUAACUGAACUGGAGUAUCUGUUACCGUCGCGUGAUGAGGACACGGUCAUCUCGGCUGACUCCGAAGAGGUCGACCUGCAGGAGUUCGACAUGAGUCAGGGGUCAUCUGGAGGUCAACGGCGUGAAGCCUAUAACGACAGCUCAGAUGAGGAGGGCGGUCCACAUGGGCCGGGUGUGCAGUGUGCCCACCAGUAACAUGUCUCUUACACACACACACACACACACACACACACACGCUUGUUGAUUCACAGUGUAUCACACAUGGAACAAAAACUCCUUCUCUCCAACCCAGUCCUGCCAUCCAUCACUCAUUUAGUGUCAGAGCUCCGUAGUUCACUGCUGCUACCAGAUGUCCGUCUGGAGUGAUUGACAGUUGCGUAGAUGCUUCUGACUCCGAUAUUAAUGCUGCAUUCAACUUGCCUCGAAAGUGGGAACUCAGAAUUGUUUUGUUUUUUUUUUCUCUCUGCACAUUUGAGCUACUAAAUUUGUGAAGAUUCGCAUAGUUGCUUCUGUAUUUGUGUCUUUUGUUAGCAACAAGCCAGCCAGCUGUUCUCAGAACAGUGAAAUGUAGAGUCUGUUAUAGAUUUAAUGAACAAAUCCGUCUGUAAGUACUUUAUUUAAACUGCUGAUGCUUUAAGUGGCCGUCUUGUGACCACUGAUGUCACUCGUACCUGAUUAGGAAUUCCUCAGGAAUGAAGGGGACCUUUUACUUAGCUGGAGGUUUUAGAAGUUAUGAGUUUAAGUCGAAUGCAGCAUAUCUGACCCACUUGAAGCUCCGCCCCCUUCCACGCGUCGCACAUUAGUAAUCUCUUAUGUCACCUUGUAAGGUUUUUCCCUUUGCGUCCUCACUUUGUCACAGUAUGGAGAAUGUUUUCAUCUGUGAAGUGAUGUGUGAAAGGACCAAAAUGUUCUGCGUCUCCAUGGAGAUGACGGUCUGUAACCCCACACACCAUCUCGUCCCCCGACGACUCGCUCACGUCGAUUUAAAGCUGGAAUACUAAACUACAGACUCCAUCUCACGUCAAAAACAAACCUUCUCAAGUUUUAAAUGAAUAAAAAGAAACAAAGAACUGAAAACAAAGAAGAAAAAAAUAUAUAUAUAGAACGGGUUGUUUUUAAUUCAUUACCACAGACAUUACCGACAUUGUAAACUUUUAUAUACUGAAUAUUUAAACCUGAAAAUUCAGUAGGGUAUAAGAUUUAAAUUAUAAACACACACACACACCUCUGAAACAGAGUCAGAAUGGAGACAAGGACAUUGUCAAAAAGUUCAAUAAAACAUUUAUGUGUCUAAUAAA